AUGGAACAAGAAGAGCAGUCCUCGCAGCCGGAAAGCACACCGGCGACGCGGCCGAAACCUCGCUCGGACCAUUUGAUGAAGCGCGUGUCGAGAGCCUGUUUGCAUUGCAGGCAGCGAAAGUCGAAAUGCGAUUUAGAUAGUAACGGCAAUCCUGGAGUACCACCUUGCCAGCGGUGUCUUCGAGAUGGUCGCGAAUGUAUUCUGGGGAGUUCAAACCGUGGAGGUCGCCGUAUCCGCAAGAACAAAAUGAAGAACUUCACCCCAGACACAACCCUUUCAGGCCGGCGGGAAUCCGUUGUCGAAUCGAUCAGCCCAACCACUUCAGACAAUCGCCAGUCCACAAAUAACUCAUACCCCGGUCCAGUUGUUUUUGUGCCUCCUGAACCCCCAACGGCGACAUCAAUAUCGGUAGAUGAUGAAGAUACGGCAUCCAUUGGAUCGGUCCCGCGGAAUCCAUCUGAUGCUUGGCAGUGCCUCACAGGCAUUGCCAAAAGAGGUGAUGACGGUCCUACCCCUGAGACGAACCCUGAUUCUCUGCGCACAACCCACAGCGCCUUCUCCUUUAGUGCUCUCCAAAAUGGCACUGUAACCGACUUUCAACCAAACAGUGGCAUAAAGGCUUACAGACUAGUGCAAUCACGGUCCUUGGACCCGGGUACAGUAUGGCAAUUGGUGGUUCGAUACGCCGAAAAUUUCCAUCCGUAUCUCCCUUUGGUGCCGCGGAAAUACUUUAACCGCGGUGCGCUAGAUACCUUCGCCACAAAUGAGAAAUAUCUGCUCACUGCGGUACUUACAAUCGCAUCGAAGGAUUUAGUCGAACGACCAGAGAUCCAUGAAUAUUGUUCGAAAUAUAUGCACGAAUUAAUUUCAGGGAUAGCUGCUGGUGCCGAUUGCGACGUAGAGGCUGUGGAAGCCCUUCUCCUACUUGCCGAAUGGGAACCACAGGGUCUUCGUCCCCGUAUCGAGCGCGUUGGUCGUGGUGAGGAGGAUCGAGCUGCAUGGAUGCAUGUUGGUCUGGCCUUACGGUCAGGUUAUUUCCUAGGCUUGGAUCGGACCUCCUUCCGAGGUGAUCCCUCGGGAGAUACGGAGACGGAGGCCCGCAGAAGGCUAGCAUGGACCAGCUGCUACAUUUCGGAUCGGUUAAUAUCUGUCCGUAUCGGACGAGCUUUCUGGUCCCGUGGACCGGGUCCAAUGACAGGCCUUGUCAGUCAAGAUUUUCCUUCUUUACAACCCAUCAAAGAUGGAGAUGAAGAUUACGCGAGAAUAUUCCAGGCGACUUUGGAUUUAACACAACUUUAUGGGAAUGUUCAUGACGUCCUUUACUCUGGCAUGCGGACUAGCAACCAAAUGAUGCUUAUGGGAGACUAUGUAAAAUACGUGGAUGAUUUUCGUCUCGCGAUUCUGCGAUGGAAGUCACUCUGGGGCUCACUGUCCUGUUCUACGCCAAUACAAGCUACUUUACAACUCUCAUACGAAUAUCUAAGGCUGUACACUAAUGCUUUCGCGUUCCAGGCUGCGAUCUCCCAAUCAAUGGUGUCGAAGUUAAAGAACGAUCAGUCACAGAGGGAACAUCUGAGAUCAACAUUCAAGGAUGUGGCAUCAAUGCAAGAUGCCAGGUUUAUCUAUGAAUCUGUGGAUGCCGCUAAGGCUUACUUGACAAUCCUUGUUGACUUGGUACACCCAGAGAAACAUCUUCACUUUAUGCCUCUCAGGUUCUAUCUGUACGGAAUUUAUGCAGCUGUUUUUCUAUAUAAGUUCAAGGCUCGAUCGUUUGGAGUUAUGCCAAGUAGCGAGGAAACAAAAGUGCGCGAUCUUGUCACACGAACAACCGACGUACUGAAACGAGCAAGUGCUGGGCUGGAUGAUAUCGGUUCACGUUAUUCCCGGCUUCUGGAACUGCUGUGGAGGCCCAAGGCUGCGAUAAUUGCCUCCCCUGCUGGAACACAUCAGAGCAGUGAUUUUCAGGUGCAAAGUAACACUAUGCCCCAUCGCUUGCCUGAGCAAAGAGACACAUAUUUGGACACCAGCACAAUGGGCCAACAAAAUGACAUCACUGGCCGAUUGGCCCUGAUUACUGGAGCCUCUGGAGGGAUUGGAGCAGCUUGUGCUCGCCAGCUGGCUGCAAAAGGCGUCCAUCUGGCUUUGACGUAUUCCACGAAUGUGUCUUCGACAACUGCACUCGCCGAGGAACUCAAAUCCAAACACGCAGACAGCUACAGUCUCCGGAUUUCAAUUCAUAAGGUGGACGUGUCUUCGGCGGACGAAAUACAACGUAUGUUUGAGGAGAUCGACCAACAACAUGGCAAGCGACCGGACAUCUUAGUCUCCAAUGCUGGAUACGGCAAGCGUAUCCCACAGAUAUGGGACAUUUCCCUCGAAGAAUUCGAUUAUACAAUCAAUGUGAACCUACGUGCUUCGUUUAUCUUAGCGAAGGGCGUGGUGGAGCACAUGAAGAGUCAGCGAUGGGGUCGGAUAGUAUUCAUGUCCUCGAUUGCCGGCCAGGGAGGUGGGAUUAAUGGAUGUCACUACGCCGCUUCGAAAGGUGGAAUGACGGGUAUGAUGAAGAAUCUUUCCACCAGACUAGCUGAAUACAACAUUAGCGUCAAUGAUGUUGCACCUGCCAUGAUCGGUGAAACCGGUAUGAUCCCCAGCGCCUCGGCCAUUCCUGAGGUUGCCGCAGGUAUUCCGCUGGGCCGACUAGGCCUUCCAGAUGAAGUCGCCAACGUGGUGACGAUGCUUGUGACGACCGGUUAUAUGACUGGUCAAAGUCUGUUGCUUGGGGGAGGUUUGAAAUAG